UAUACACAUGGGCCGGGGAGAACCAACUUUUAAGCUCAUAAAAUUCAUUUUUCAAAGACUUUAGACCCAUAAGAAGUCAAAGAUUUUAAAGAUGUCUGCUGAUAGUGGUGCAAAACCCCCAGAAGCCACAGAGACAAAACCUGUAUUGACCCCCACAACCACCACCCCUGCCAGCACAGUGACCACAACACAGAGUUCUACCUUAUCAGUCACCACCCCAAAGUCCAGCUCACAACCUCUGAGACCUAAUUACACUUUAAAGUUUACAAUGGCAGGACAUACAAAGGCGGUAUCUUCUGUGAAAUUUAGUCCCAAUGGAGAAUGGUUGGCAAGUUCUGCCGCAGACAAACUGAUAAAAAUUUGGGGAGCUUUUGAUGGAAAAUUUGAAAAGACAAUUGUUGGACAUAAAUUGGGAAUAUCUGAUGUAGCCUGGUCCUCAGACAGUAAGCUAUUAGCAAGUGCAUCAGAUGAUAAAACACUCAAAAUAUGGGAUUUUGCCACUGGAAAAUGUCUAAAGACUCUGAAAGGCCACACAAACUAUGUGUUCUGCUGUAACUUUAAUCCACAGUCAAAUCUCAUUGUGUCAGGAUCUUUUGAUGAAAGUGUGAGGAUAUGGGAUGUAAAAACUGGAAAAUGUUUAAAGACCCUCCCAGCCCAUUCAGAUCCUGUCACAGCUGUUCAUUUCAACAGAGAUGGGUCACUCAUAGUAUCCAGUAGUUAUGAUGGACUCUGUCGAAUCUGGGACACAGCUUCAGGACAGUGUUUAAAAACAUUGAUAGAUGACGACAACCCUCCAGUGUCUUUUGUUAAAUUCUCCCCCAAUGGAAAAUAUAUUUUGGCAGCAACACUAGACAACACUCUGAAGUUGUGGGACUACAGCAAGGGAAAGUGUCUAAAGACAUACACAGGACACAAGAAUGAAAAGUAUUGCAUAUUUGCUAACUUUUCUGUGACAGGUGGAAAGUGGAUUGUGUCUGGAUCAGAAGAUAAUCUGGUUUACAUCUGGAAUCUUCAAACAAAAGAGGUUGUUCAGAAACUGCAGGGACACACAGUGGCUUGCCAUGAGAGAAUGAAGAUGCCAUAUCGCAGCCUAGUGACGUCAGCGCAAUCUACACGAAAGCUGGUGGCCAGAAACACAGUGGGGCGUUGGGGAGCAGAGGUCUUCAUUGGGUUGACUUUAACUUUCUUGGGAUGGCACAUCUAUUUGGCGAUUAUUGGUGCAUCCCACAAGACGGAGUGCGGGGACAUCCCUUUGUUGCCCGUAGUAAUGGUUUUACUUGGUAGUACUGGAAUCCUCAAAUGCUUAUCAUUCCUGCUACAGUUGUCAAUCGUUGUUACCACUUGGAGGAAAAACAAACACGAGGGGGCAGAUUUCAUGAGCGAAACUAGUGGGCUGGACAAUAGCAUGAACUGGACCUAUGUCAUCGUACUUUUAGCAGGUGACAUAGCAGCCUUCACUAAGGAAGACACCAGCUGUAACAGCUUAAUGUUCUACACAGCCUACUAUACCUUUAUAGUUAUGACAAUCAUUAUCAGUGUUCUGUUCCUACUGGAUUUCACUGUGUUUGUAUACAAACGCUGUCAUCCUAAGAAGGACGAUGAAGGAGAUGACGAUAUGGAUGAUGACUAAGUAAAAAAUGUCAAACUGAGAGUAACUGUGUGACAUUUCCAUUCCAAUUAAACUACUUGUAUAUUGUAAUUAAUAUUUUAUAUGGAGGAACUUUUUUUAAAACAUAAUUUUGGCAAGACUUUUUCAAAGUAAAGUUCUUGUGAAUAAUGAUUAGAAACAGUCCUGCUAACUGUACAAAGGACAUUAUAAACCAUGUGACAAACUGAGUUAAAAUUAGGUCCAGUAAAUUGUAAUGGUAUAUGAUUCACAAUACCCAAACCAAAGCAUUGAAUUAAUUUCUAUGUAUUCCUGUUGUUCUCAUAAAACAGAACUCUGUACGGAUAUUUAGUACUUUAUUAAUACAUGUACAUGUACAUGUCUAUGCAAGAGGUGCUAACAUUCCAAACAUAUAUAUAAAAGUAUUUAUCCAAUAUACACAAGUGAAUGCAAGUGUAAUAAAUGAAUAGAAUUGCUGAUGGUUUUUUAGAUUUACUAUAUGUACAUGUAUGUAUCCAAGUAUGUCUGACAUGAACAGUUUGUUAAAAAAUCCAAAUUCCACACACUGUCUUCUUGCAUGAAAUUAAAAUGAAACUUAGUAAAGCUUA